GAUAAAUUAGAAAAGUUGGCUGUAUAGGUCUUAGCUCUUCGCUUCCCUUGUAAUGAACAAGUGAAUAUAGUUAUAGAUGGGAGUAUUUGUCAAACGUCAUUUGUCAGCUUCGUUUUAUAAGUCUCUUUGAAAGUCUCCCUCACCGUGGAUUGAGGGCAGGUUAAGAUGGGGCGUGUUAUUCGUGCUCAACGUAAAGGAGCCGGUUCGGUUUUCGUGUCCCAUACAAAAAAAAGGAAAGGUGCUCCUAAGCUCCGUUCACUAGAUUAUGCUGAACGUCAUGGUUUCAUCAAGGGAGUUGUAAAGGAUAUUAUUCACGAUCCAGGCCGUGGCGCACCUUUGGCAGUUGUGCACUUCAGAGAUCCAUACAAGUUCAAAACGCGGAAAGAGCUGUUUAUUGCACCUGAGGGUCUAUAUACGGGUCAAUUUGUGUUCUGUGGGAAGAAGGCCACACUUGAAGUAGGCAAUGUCAUGCCCGUCGGAGCAAUGCCCGAGGGUACUAUUGUAUGUAAUCUUGAAGAGAAAAUGGGAGACAGGGGUCGGUUAGCACGUGCAUCUGGAAAUUUUGCUACCGUUAUUGGGCACAACCCUGACGCUAAGCGAACUAGGGUCAAGUUACCGUCUGGUGCCAAGAAAGUUUUACCAUCAAGCAAUAGGGGAAUGGUUGGUAUUGUUGCUGGUGGUGGUCGUAUUGACAAACCUAUUCUAAAAGCUGGUCGUGCUUACCACAAGUACAAGGUGAAACGUAACUGCUGGCCUUAUGUCCGUGGUGUGGCCAUGAACCCUGUAGAGCAUCCCCAUGGUGGUGGAAACCAUCAACAUAUUGGUAAGGCUUCAACGGUCAAGAGAGGCACAUCGGCUGGUCGCAAGGUUGGUCUUAUUGCUGCUCGCAGGACAGGAAGAAUUCGUGGUGGAAAGACAGAAACCAAGAAGGAGGCAUAAGAAUUAUCAAAAUAAACAAAAAAAGUUAUAUAAAA